AUGGACGAUAGCGAUGGUGCCCGUCGGGCGACGGCUGUCACGGCGGUCGCGUCUGUCUUUAUGUCUAUCGCCUGCGUGGCUGUCCUGCUGCGUAUUUAUGUUCGGGGCUUCCUCAUCAAGGCCUUUGGGUGGGAUGAUGCAACGAUGGUCAUUGCAAUGAUAUGCUAUCUGAUGUUUUCUGGGUGCAUGAUCGGGGGCGCCCGGUACGGGACAGGGCACAGAUUCGCCGCGCUCACGGCCCAUCAGCGCGUAACAGCGAUGGAGUACUGGUGGCUGUGUGAAAUCGCCUACUGCUUCGCCUCUAUCGGAUGCAAAAUCUCCGUCUGCAUCUUCCUGAUGCGCAUCACCGUCAAGCGCCUUCAUAUCUGGAUCCUCUCGACCGUGAUGGCCCUCACCGUGCUGACCGGCCUGCUCUUUAUGUUCAUCAUGCUGCUGCAGUGCAAGCCGCUCGAGUACUUCUGGACGCGCACUGCCAUGGACCCGAAUAUCAAGGGCACCUGCAUCAGCAUUGAGAUUGUCAUUACAAUGACCUACGUCUACAGUGCCAUUGCGGCGCUGACGGACUUUACGGUUGGCAUUCUGCCCAUCUUCAUCGUGCGCAAGCUGCAUAUGCGCAAGAAUACCAAAUUUGCUGUUGUUGGUAUCCUGGGCAUGGCCUGCAUUGCCUCCUCCGCCGUCAUCGUCCGUAUUCCAUUCGUGAAAACAUUCCGCGACCCUGAUUUCCUCUACGCAACCGUCGAAAUCGCCAUCUGGUCCAACAUCGAAGCCGGCCUCGGUAUCACAGCCGGAAGUCUCGCAACCCUACGCCCUCUGCUCAGACACUGGAUGGGCUCUACAAACGACCCCAGCUACAACCAGUCUCCCUUCCCCGGGCGCUCUGCACGCUCUGGGUCCCGACGACCCGGCGGGCUAGGAAUCUCGAACCACGAGCGGCCGUUCCCGCUGGGCUCGCUGGAUGAUGCGGGCGCUGAUCGUCUGCGCCCGGAUAAGCUGGCGACGACGGUGACGACUAUCCAGACGAGGCGGGAUUCGGAUGAAGACGGCGAUGUGGAUACGGGUUUGGGAACGCGGUGGCGCGGGGAUAGCGAUAAUAGCAGCGAGGAGAGGCUCACGUCGGAGCAGCAGCAUCAGCAGCAGCAGAGGGGGCAGAGUAGGACGCAUUCGCUAAUAGGGGCAGGGAGGUCGAGUGCUGAGCAGGGGAUGGGGGGGAUUCAUCGGACAUUUGAGGUGACGCAGACCAGGUCGGAUGCCUGGUCGCCGAAUGGGAGGGGGCACGUAUAA